AUGGAAGUGACUUGUAAAUGUCCACUCGUAUUACUGGGUGUAUUAUUUUUGAACUUUGGAACAGUGUUAACACAUCUAGAAUGGACAUGUACAUUAGAAACUAAACGUGAAUCUCCCCGCGGUGUUUGUGGUCAAAGAUUACCAGAAGUUUUAUCCAUGGUGUGUAAACGAUAUGGAGGUUAUCGAGAUACUUGGUUCAGAAAAAGAAAUGGCGAAGGUACAAAUAGCAGAUUGGGAAAUAUUAUUUUAGGAAAACGAGAUGCAUUUUCAUAUCUUGGAAAACGUGGUCAGUCGUAUGGUGAACAAGGAAUCACUUGUGAAUGCUGUUAUCAUUCGUGUAGCUUCCGAGAGCUAAGACAAUAUUGUCGAAAUUCCCAACAGCGUAUAUCUAUCAAAAAAUAA